AUGUCCAAGGCUCUAGGACUUGCUAGAGUUUCCUCAACGUCUAAUUCCCGCACUGAUGCGACUGGCAGCACUGUUGACAAUGCCACUCCCGCGCCCGCACCCUCUUCAUCCGCGGAGGCUCCGCGUCUCACCACCGCCACCAUUGCCUGGACCAUGAUGUCGCUUUGUCUGUCCGUGCUCCUCUCUGCCCUUGACUUAACAAUUGUUACUCCUGCAAUUCCCGCCAUAGUCGGCACGUUCAAGACCGCCGCCGGUUAUAUUUGGGUGGGAAGCGCAUAUACCCUGGCCUACGCAGCCAUUACGCCAGUAUGGGGCUCGGUCUCCGACAUCUGGGGCCGGAAACCUAUUAUGCUCAUUGCGGUGGCGGUCUUUCUUGUCGGCAGUCUUGUCUGCGCCCUUGCGCCGAAUAUGGAUGCUCUGAUCGCGGGACGGGCGAUUCAGGGAUUGGGCGGCUCCGGAAUGGGGAUUAUGGUCAACAUUGUUGUCAGCGAUAUGUUUUCGCUGCGAGAUCGGGGUUUGUAUCUCGCAAUCACUUCGCUUGUUUGGGCGGUUGGCAGUGCCAUAGGGCCCGUUCUGGGUGGCGUUUUUACGACGAGGCUUAGCUGGAGAUGGUGUUUUUGGAUUAACUUACCGGUUGGAGCAGUCUCCUUUCUUGUCUUGCUCUUCUUCAUGAGGGUCCCGAGUCCUCGAACACCCAUCGCUGCCGGGCUAAAAGUCAUCGACUGGACGGGCAGUCUUUUGAUUGUAGGGGGCUCUCUGAUGGUCCUCCUCGCCCUUGACUUUGGUGACGUCGUCUACUCCUGGUCCUCUGCAACAGUCAUCUGUCUGUUGGUCUUUGGAACAGCAGUGAUGGCGCUGUUCGUGGUGAACGAAUGGAAGAUCGCCAAGAACCCCAUUAUCCCUGUUUGGCUGUUCACCUCGCCGACAAAGAUAGCGCCUUACGUUGUCUUCGCGUGCAAUUCAUACGUGUUUAUUGGACAGGCAUAUUACCUGCCCUUAUAUGCGCAAUCCGUCCUGGCCGCAAGCGCGCUCACAUCGGGCCUCUACCUCCUCCCGCUCAUCGUCUCAUGUUCCCUGGCCGCGGCUGCAGCGGGGAUCUUCAUGCAGCAAACCGGGAAAUAUCUCCCGGUGAUGUACAUCGCCCAGGGCUUCUUGGUCCUCGGCUCCGGCCUGCUAAUUAGUCUCGAGUUUGAAGCCAACAUCACCAAACUUAUCAUCUUCCAGAUCCUGGUCGGAAUCGGUGUGGGCAUGAACAUCGAAGCGCCGAUUCUUGCUGCUCAGGCUGCGACCAGUGUCCGGGAUACGGCAGCCGUCACUGCGACAAUGGGAUUUGUUCGGUCUCUCUCUACGGCUAUUUCGGUAGUUGUCGGGGGUGUGGUGUUUCAGAACGAGAUGAAUGCGAAGAACGAGGGGUUAGCAAGACAGCUGGGGUCAAACUCAACUUUAGCCCGCGAAUUCAAUGGCGACCUUGCCGCUUCGAGUGUAGAGGAGAUUAACACCCUUAGACUAAGUGCGGAUCAAGAGGCGUUGGUUAGGGAGACGUACUUUGAGGCGUUGAGAAUGGUGUGGAUCAUGUAUGUGGCUUUUGCCGGACUAGCUACCAUCCUUAAUCUGUUCGUGCGAGCGCAUAAGCUUCGGAGUGAGAAUGAGGGCGCCGUGCUGGGGGCCGACCGGUCACGGCAACACGGGAGCCCCGCUGCUGGGGUCGCCGAGUUGGAGUUGCGGACUGAGCGAGGCGAUUAA